GAGGAAGUGGGUGCGGGGCGCGGGCGGGCAGCGCCGCCCGCUCCAUCCCUGCCCGGAGCGCAGCUGGCGCGGCGCAGGACCGAGGCGAGCCAGAGCGGAGCCACGCUCGGCGGCUGCAGCUCCAGCUCCUGCUCUCCAGCGGUCCUGAGAGGGAGACGCAGCAGUCCUUGACCCCUGUCACAUGGAUGGGAGCAGCCGCCAGCUAUGGAGAAGGAUGUGCCCAUGUCUCCACAUGAUCCCUCCCGCAUAAAGCCAAAGCCACCUGCGGACACACGCCCCAGUGCCCCAGUCUCUGUGCAAACCCUGGAGAGCGGAGACCCGCUCCAGUCCGCGGAGGAGCCCAUUCUGCAGGGGGCCAUCUGAGGACUGGAGUGUGAACCACGAAUUCCUGUCUGCUUUCCCUCUUCUUCAUGAAUACUCCUGCCCAACACCUCCUAGGAGACUGCUUUAUUUAUUUCUAGAGAAACAGCCUAGGUCAUUGUAGCCUCCUCAUGUUUGGACGCUUUCUUUUGGCUCUGUUCAGCCCGGAGCCCAGGGGUUGACGGAACUGACGCGGUGGGGAGCUGGGUGAAAAGUAGCCAGGGGCCGUGCGGAAGAAGGUGCUGUAGGGUCCUAGGAUGGCGUCCAAUGGCACAGCCCCUCCUUAUUGUCUGGACUCUACCGCAUGCAAGGUCACUGUCAGCGUGGUCCUCAUUGUUCUCAUCCUUAUCACCAUUGCUGGCAAUGUGGUGGUCUGCCUGGCCGUGGGCUUGAACCGCCGGCUCCGCAGUCUGACCAACUGCUUCAUUGUAUCUUUGGCCAUCACUGACCUGCUCCUCGGCCUCCUGGUGCUGCCCUUCUCAGCCUUCUACCAGCUGUCCUGCACGUGGGGCUUUGGCGAGGUGUUCUGCAAUAUCUAUACCAGCCUCGAUGUCAUGCUCUGCACAGCCUCUAUCCUCAACCUCUUCAUGAUCAGCCUCGACCGGUACUGUGCUGUCACGGACCCCCUGCGCUACCCCGUGCUGGUCACUCCUGUCCGGGUGGUCAUCUCCCUGGUCUUAAUUUGGGUCAUCUCCAUCACCCUGUCCUUCCUGUCUAUCCACCUGGGCUGGAACAGCAGGAGCGAGAACAGCUCGUCAGAGCUGUUGACAGGGGUCAAUCACACUGCCUCGAAGUGCAAAGUCCAGGUCAACUUGGUGUACGGCUUGGUGGACGGGCUGGUCACCUUCUACCUGCCUCUGCUGGUCAUGUGCAUCACCUACUACCGCAUCUUCAAGAUCGCCCGGGAUCAGGCCAGGAGGAUCCAUCACGUCGGCUCCUGGAAGGCAGCCACCAUCAAGGAGCACAAAGCCACAGUGACGCUGGCCGCUGUGAUGGGAGCCUUCAUCAUCUGCUGGUUCCCCUACUUCACCGUGUUUGUCUACCGUGGGCUGAAAGGGGAUGAAGCCGUCAAUGAGGUCAUUGAAGCCGUCGUUCUGUGGCUAGGCUAUGCCAACUCGGCCCUGAACCCCAUCCUGUACGCUGCACUGAACAGAGACUUCCGCACAGCAUACCAGCAGCUCUUCCACUGCAGGUUGGCUGGCUGCAACGCCCGCGAAACUUUUCUGAGGUCCAACAGCUCUCAGCUGUCCAGGAAUCAAAGCCCAGAACCCAGGAGGCCGGAAGAGAAGCCCCUGAAGCUCCAGGUGUGGAGUGGGACAGAGGUCACGGUCCCCCGGGGAGCCACAGACAGGAAGCCAGCACUCUCCUGCACCAUGUGCUCCAGCAACCUUCUGAGCUGCUGCAAGAGCCUGUGGGGGCUUAGGUUCCUCCAGAGACAUGUGGGGGGCCCCUCGGAGGAGCAGCCGGGGGAGCCACUGUUUGAGGAGCCACUGAGGACACCGCCCCAGGAAGCGGUGAGGACACUGCCCUCCGAGGCUGUCUAGACCCAGCCUCAGGACGCUGAAGAUACUGUUCCUGGCCACCAAGAUUUGACUCCUGGAGCCACUAAGGAGCCAGCAGCCCCCCCAAAGUCACAGCUGAGGCUGAGUCUGGGGACUCCCAGAGCACACAGUGGGGUGCCAGGGUCCUCGGGCCCAAGACAGAGCAGCCUUCUGUGCUCGGCGUUCCCAGACAGAUGUUCAGGACCCCCUGGGUCCAGGUCCGCUGAAUCCCAUGGGUUCAAAGCUCACAUUGGUGCUGGCCCUGAGUCAUGAGCAGGGGUGGCGGGACGUUCGGGAAUGCGUGCACGUGUGUGCACAGAUGUGUACGUGCUGGAGCACGCUGCCUUCUGAGCAGAGGGUGUUGCCAAUAAAGUGUUAGCCUCUCACUGCCCCGUGGGCUCUGCAGGAUGACGGCCAGGAGAGAGAAGGGAACGGGAAGGAAGUAAACAAGCCUUUAAUGAGCACCUGCCCUGUGCGAGGUCCUCACCUGCCUGACUCACGGAACCCUUAUGACACCGUUUGCAGUAAGGGUCACUGUCCCCACUCCACAGAUGGGGAAGCUGAGGCUCAGAGAAGUAUGGGGCCUGCCCAAGGCCACUCGCUACAACGUGUGCCAGGCUCAUAGAAGAUGCUCGGAAAAUAGUUGUUGAAUGAAUAAAUGAACGGGUGGGAGGAUGGGUGAGGAGCCAGGCCGCCAGCCCACGCUCUUGACAGGACACUUCACUGCCUCUCAGGAGGGAAGUCAAGAUGCUUCCUUGACUCAGCCUUCCCUCCUCCUAGCGAGGCUCAGGCCCGGAGCCCGGGGCCCUUCAUGCUGCAGUCCUGACCCUCUCUGGUGCUUUUUGUCAGCAGCAAGUGGCAUGGCGUGGACUUGCUGGGGAAAGUGCCCCGUGACAGGGAGGAGAGGUGGAGGUUGGGGGCACAACAGACCUGAGUGGGGGAGUUGGCCCCACAGUGCCCUCUGCUGGAUGCAUGACCUUGGGCAUGUCAGGGGACCCCUCUGAGCAGCUCUUUAUUUCUCUUCCAAGUGGGUAGGCUACCUUUCCUAUUGACAGGGUGGUUGAAGAGACCCAAGGAGGUGGGGGUGGUGACAGCCCCAGAGUGAUGACAGUGUCAAGGGACAGUCCUCUCUGGCCAUUGCUCCUCCAUGAGCCCACUCUUCCCUUGGUUCCAAGACCCCCUCCUGGUGUCCCCUCCCUGCCCACCUAUGCCUUUCCAGUCCCCCUGGCAGUUCACUGUCCUCUCCCUGGCCAUCAGAUGUGGUCCUUCCCUGAGGCUCAGUCCUGAGCCUUCUCUUCUCGUGGAGAUUUUUCUCCCUCCAUGGCCUCGUCUGCACCCUUGUAACUCAAGUCACCAUGGAAUUUACCUCUGAGGAGAUUCCUCUCAGAUUCGUCCUACAGCCCCGGCUCCUUCUGGGAGCUUUCUACCCACUGCUGCCCAGAUGGCCCCUCCAGUGGGUGUUUCAAAGGCGUCUCACCUUCAGCAUGUCCACAGCUGCACCUUGAUCUUGUCCCUGCACUGCUCCUCUCCCAGGGGUCCCCUCUCAGACAGAGGCCCUGCCAUUGGCCUCAAAGGCUGAGGGUCUUGGCACCUCCCUUUUCCCGACUCCUCAUGGUCAAUCCUCUCGAGUCCUCCCACAUGUAUCCACUGUCUGCUUGAUGCUCUCCACCUGCCCUGUCAUCACGCGGUCCCACUGGCAUCCCCACUGUGGGGAUAAUUGAGACAGCUUCCUGACAGCUCUCUGCACUCCCCACUUGCUUUCCUACAGUCCACUCUCCAGCCCACAGGCACAGUGGGCUGUGCAGAAUGCAAACCCCAUCAUGUCACACAUUUGGAGGAAAACAUCUUUCACCCGACGUGUCCCGCCUGCCCCACACUGCCCUCUGUCUCUUCACCGCAGCCCUCCUGGCCUUCUCCUUUUGGUUCGUUUAUCUCACUGCUCCUUCCAGCCGCCAGGCCAUGCCCAGAGCUGUUUCCAUGACUUGAAAUGCUCUUCCCGACCUUUCAGCCACGAGAUUUAAGCUGAAACAGCACUUUCUUGAGGAAUCUUCCUUGACUCUUCCUAGUAGACCAGGCCCCCAACACUCAUCCCAGAAGUGACCUUGGAAGCCACUGGCGUGGUUGUAAUUUACAAUCGUACGUGUGAUUCCCCGAGCCCUAUCUGUCUGCCCCACUCAGGAGGUCGUGGGUCUUGGCUGUUUCUGUUGAUCAUUGUAUGUCUAGCCCCUAGAAGAGUGUUUGACACAUAGUAGGAGCUUUAAGCAGUUUAUCUGCCACUGCCCCUGAAGGCAUGAUUUGCCCCAGUGGCCCCCAGCUGGCUUUCUUCCGGAAGCCCCAGAAUCCCAUCUUGGGAAUUUUUCCCAGGAGUCUGAGCCAGGCGGGCCUCUAAGCCAUGGAGCCCUAAGACUGGUCUGGCUGAUCACAGGCUCAGCUGAUCAGGGCUGAGGUCAAGGUGCCCACUCACCACCUGCCACUGCAUGGGGCUCCUUCAACUCUGACUCUGAGCUGCCCCCACCCUUCCAGAGGCCUGAGCCUCUGCUGGCUGCAGAAGUGGGGUGCAUGCUGUCUAGAGAGGAGCAUCUGCAGUGGGCCCCCAAAUCCAUGUUCUCAUGAUGUUCCAAUAAAGCUA